CACGCGAGACCCUCUCAAGGAAGGUCCGAUAUACGCGAGACCUGUAAGAACUCUUCACUGUUAGGUCCAUCACAGCUGUGUCACGCCAAAAGGAAAUCUGAAAGCGAAAAGUUAAGAAAAUGGAUGCCAUUUUUCUUCUUCUUUGCUUACUUUUAAAUUCAUCGUGUCGCUUGAUUUGCGGAAUAGAAAGACUUCCCUCGAAUGAGGCUUCAGAGAAAUCUACACAUGUCACAUCAACGAUAGAUUGCAGGCCACCGAAACCAUUUCAGAAUAAUACAGAACUAAAAUGGCGCCCUGGUGCUCGGAAUCAAAGUGUAUUUUUACCGGGAGAGAAGGCUGUAUUUGUUUGUAAGAAAGGAUUUCGCCAGAUUGGUUGGCUACAAACAUUGACUUGUCAGAUGAAUGGUAGUUGGUUGCUUCGAUCGUCAAGUAUUAAGGAUGACUUUAGAUUAGGUGAUGGAACACAUGGUUAUUGUCUGCCUAACAACUGUAGUCGCAACCAAUCCUUCGAGUGUUCAUCAGGCGGCCUACCUCUCCCCAUUUGUAAGAAGUGUGACUGUAUUGUAGAUUGCCCGGAUGGAAGCGAUGAAGCCAACUGUGGGCCAAUCUUAGUAAACUUGACGGGACGAGCCGUGGGCGAGAUAACUUCACCUAAAACUAAUGUUAAAAAUUAUACGGGAUCUCUGACUUGCAGAAGAACUUUGUGGACCGAUGAUCCAGACUUUUACAUUAAGCUGCUGUUUACAGACUUUGUUAUGUAUGGGAAUUGCAAAGAUAAUUAUGUUUACUUGGAAAAUGCGACUUUAAGCGGCACGGAUCCAUCGCAUGGCUGUUGCAAGAAGAGUACUAACGUUUCGUGCGCCUUUGGUAAUGGAACUGGCGCUCCUCCUCUGGCGCAUACCGACAAAAACUUUAUGAUUGUAAACUACGUUUCCAUGGACUCAAAGUCGUCGACUUUUUCAGCGAAAUGGUUCAACGUGAAUGGGAAUUUCCCCUACAGUCUUAUUCCAGAGGAAGAUUCAGACUGGGUAGAUAAGUUAAAAAUCUUAGGUCCAAAACCUAAAAACAUUGAGGAUGACACAACAGACGCAACUUAUAUCGCCGCAGUUGUCAUUUUUUCCAUCAUCGCUUUUGCUGUUUUGGCAAUUCUGUCGUGCAAAGUGGGACGGCACUUUCUAGGACCCCGUUGUAGCGUUGCUUAUUGCUGCAGUUGGAUUGCAGCCAGACGGCGUUUGCAAUCCCCACGCUUGUCGCCACGAAGGGAAGGAUCACGAGAAACAAGGCCCACCAAAGGGAGCGUUCAAAACGAACGUACGCGUAUAGGGCCACUGAGAAAUGUCCCUGUUGAUGCAAGAGGCUCCUCGUCUCUUAGGACUCGAUACGGGAGCGCCGGAGAGGGCGUGGCUUGAGCAUUCAUUCAUCUCCAUUUUACGAUGUAAUUUCUGUAAUCGAUGUAAAGAUGUAAGGGCAGUGUUACCUCCUUACAUGAAAACGUUGCCAGUUUAUAAUAUUUUUUGGGGCUAGAUAAAUAGAUUCUCGCAAAUUUAUCCGUUUUAAGGAAACUAUUCAAUUUAUUUGGUCAUGGUAUUGAGACAAAGUCACCACUUUUACUGAGUAAUCUUUAUUCAUCAAAGAAGAAUACUAUUUUUAUUUAGAAACUCUGAUACAACAAUCAGGAUGCUAGAUUGUACACUUGCAACUGUAUGGUUAUAUAAGAGAGAAAGAUAACGAUUCAUCAGAUUUAUUAAUUUAUAUAAAGCCCAAAUUAGAUGCAUUAAAGGCGUUGUUUUGGCAACUCUGUACUAUGCGUAUGGAACCAAAGGAAUAACUACGGUGAUUUCUGUCAGCCAUCUUAUAGCUGUUUAGAGCUGAACUUAUCCAGAUUUAGAGGCAACAAAAAGACAUUUACGGACCCCAGGAGAUACUUCUUGUCUAAAGUACAGCAAUCAACAUAGUCAAAGAUUUUGAAACCUUUUUUUCGGUUCAUUUUGUUUUUGUUCUCUCUGCUUAUUGGUUUGUGUUUAGUUAAGGGUAAAGUGAAUAAAAAUC